AUGCCAUCCACAAAGAAAACAGUCAUGUUUGCCUCGGCUUUUUUAACCUGUGUUUGCUCUUUUGUGCUGAUUUGCGUUGUGCUGGGGACCCAGCGCUGGAUGAGCAGUGAGGUUCGUUUCUCCAGCACCAACUCCAGCGUCACGGUGAGCCUCACCUACGGGCUUUUCGUCGGUACCUGCGAACAGUUUGUUGAUGCAGGACUUCAGGUUUCAGAGAAGGUUUUCCAAGUUGCAGAUAACCUGAGCAGCACCGAGGCAAAAAGCACAAUCACUGCAAUUAUUGUCAUUCUGGUUCUGAGUUUACUGAGCUCCCUCCUGAGUUCUGGAUUUACCUGCACUAAUGCUGUCAGCAAUCCCUACCAGACGUUUCUGGGACCCAUCGGAGUCUACACCUGGAAUUCCUUAUGCGGAAUCUUUAUACUUAUAACCAUGAUACUUUUUCCUGUGAACAUAGAAGUAAAUGGCCUGUCUAUAGAAUUGGCCCGUGGAUGUUUUUCUCUUCUGCAGAACCAUAUCAAAUCCACACACUCUUAUGGAUAUUCAUAUUGGAUCAUGCUGCUCAUCAUUUUUCUGAACAUCGCUUCUAUCAUCAUCAUAUAUUUCUAUGACCACGCCAGAUAUUCUAAGAAGAAAGAACAGGAAAGACCCAUUGAAAAUGCACCAAAAGAUGUCAUUCUGUUUUAA